GUUCUAUGCUGAUCAAAGCGUUAGGCUACACUGCUUACUCAAGACACUUAUUUUGUUUCUCGGUACUUUUCCUUUCACGUGACUUCAAUAGUCGUCAGUCUUACUAUUUAUUAUUAAUUUAGGUUCCAGAAGAAUUAGUUUCGUGCUAGAUAUUCAGCGACGUCCAUAUUUCAUAUUUUUAGAGUACAAUAUGGCGGCCUCCAGCUGGUUUUCCAAAUAGUAAACAAUGCACGUCGGCACCGUUGCAUAAUGUUUAGUGGAUGCAUGAGUUGGAUCUACCUUUGCCCUUAGCCUUAGUUUAGUGCUCGCUUUGGCUUUCAUCAAGAAAAACACAGCCUGUUACAAGCAUCAAGCACUGUCAUGAAGAUUGCAAUCAUUGGUGGAGGAAUCGCAGGACUGACGUGUGCAGCAAGACUAGGCCAGCUUGGCAUAUCAGAUGUAACAGUCUUUGACACUGGCAAACAUGCAGUCGGUGGAAGAUGCUCAAGUCGCAUUGUAAACAUCAAUGGGCAGCUGUCAGUGUUUGACCACUGUGUGCAGUAUUUCACAGCUAGUGACCCCAGGUUCAAAAAGAUCUUGAGCUACUUGAUCAGAGAUGGUGCAGUGACACAAUGGAAAGGUCCAGUCGGCCAUCUUCAGAGAGGAAGAUUUCAGGCUGAUUCACAAUUUACUCAAGCUUAUGUUGGUGUGAAUGGCAUGAGGUCAGUCCCUGAAAGCCUGGCAAAGUUCUGCAAAGUUCAACGACCAGCAUGGGUCAGUACUAUUCAGUUUGACUAUCACCUAAAGAAAUGGACUGUUGACAAAUGGGGUGUAUAUGACUUUGUAGUCAUUGCUCAUAACGGGAAGUGCGCUGCUAAACUGACAGAAAAUGCUGGUGCUCCAGAAAUCCACAGGCUUUGUCAUACACGUUUUGCGUCUCGGGUUAAUCCCAAGGACAGUCGCAUGACGUUGUGUUCAUUGUUUGUUCUCAUGGUGGCUUUUGAGCGCUCACUUAAGUUACCCUACGAGGGAGCUCAUGUAGCCGACAGUAACAUCUCAUGGAUAGCCAACAACUCGGCCAAACUCAAAGGUACAUCUUCAUCUUCAGGGAUUUUGCCAGGAAAUAAAUUGGAAUGCUGGACAAUUAUCAGUUCUAAAAAUUUAGCAGAGCAGAACAAAGUCCCCCAAGAACACAUACCUCAGAAUGUGGAAAAACGAAUAUCUGGCAUCAUGCUGGAAUCUUUUGCAGAAGCAACUGGACUUAAAGGGAAGCUGCCAGUUGUACACUUUCAGAAACUACAGCUAUGGGGAGCGGCCGUGCCCCUGAACACAUUAGCCACCGGGUCUGAGUGUGUCUUUGAUGCCCAACGUCAGAUUGGAAUCUGCAGCGACUGGUUGGUCAGUCCCUGUGUUCAGGGUGCAGCAGUCAGUGGACUGGCCUUGGCAGAAGCAAUUGGAUCCUGUAUCAAAGGGAACAAGUCAAGCACCAGUUUACAGCCAUUGUUCAAAGAAGAGAGUCAGAGCAACCCUAUCGGAGCCUUUCCAUGAUUACCUUCUGUGGCAGAUCUAAGCGCACAGAGGUACCUCAACUGCUCAGCUCUACCCCAACAAUAAUGGGGACACCUAGUCUACCUGUAAUGGGUUGGACUUGCAAUUUUUUUUUAAUUGUAAAUUUGAAUCGCUUCUUAGCCAGAUAGGGCAUUGCAGCUUUUAGGAAUGUACUUUACCUCCUAUUCUUCUGUUUACCUUGCAACGAAUGGGUACGUAUAGCUGGUGGUAGAAAUAAAAUACAUUAAUGAUAAUGCUUUGUGUCGAACGAGCUGCAAUUUUGUACAUCAACGGAAAGAAGCCUUUUGCAGUUUUCACAAACGAUUUGGUUUUUGUUUCAUUAGUUACUAUUUCUCAAUUGAUAUUGUUCCUCUGUCAGUACUGUUUAUUUUUUUCUUUCCAGAUUUUAAAAAGAAGUGCAAUUUUUAUACGCAGUCUGGCAUGUGUUAUACUCUUGUGUAUAUAAUGGAGAAACAAUGGAUAACAGAGAGGUCAGGAUAGACUGGUUUAAUGAGCUGUUGUAGCUAGGUGAACACUGUUGUACGACUUUUCAGUAUGUUGUUAGUGAGUUUUAGGCUUCUGGACAUUAGUAAUGAUUCAUGUUCGCAUUACAAUGAAUUACACGUUAUAAAUUACAGCUAUGUAACAUCUCCCUUUUCAAAUCUGGACCCUCUGUAUAAUCGGAAAUGGAAUGAGACUCUAGUUACUUUUCCACUUAUAAUUAAUUUAAUACUGGAAUACUGAGUCCACUUGACUUAAUUAUUUGAACUUCCAUCUCAGUGUUUGUUUUCGUAGCCACUAUGUGAACUUCACAAUUUCACAAUAUAAAACUGACUAAAUCAGA